CUCACACUUUUAAUUAUUUAAUUUUCUUUUAAAAAAAAUCCGACCGCCUUCAAAAUGCUUUAAGUCUUGAUUCGAUUUCAAUUGUCAUUAACAAACGCCCGGUGUUAUGACGGUUUCCAAACAUUCGACUUCCGGAUAAUGUUCCAGACACAACAUACCUAAUAAUAAAUUAGGUAACAUCUAGCUUAUUAAUAGCUUAGAAGUAAUUGAAUUUAAAAAUAGUUAGUUAAAAAAAAAAAAAAAUAGUUAUUUAAAAAUGAUGAAUAUAACUAAACCAAAACCCAUUAAUCCAGAUACUCCUUUGACACUGAUUAAAGACAUUCAAAAUAAUGUAAACAACAUAACUGUUAUGUGCAUAGUAUUAGAAGUAAAUCCUGCUGUACUACUCAAAGAUAACCAUGAAGUUCGAACAGUGAAAGUGGCCGAUAGCUCAGCAUGCAUUAAUUUUUCAGUCUGGGAUGAACCCGGUUCAUUUUUAUAUCCAGGUGACAUUAUACGUGUUCACAGAGCUUAUGCAGUUUAUUUUAGAAACUGUCUUACUCUGUAUGUUGGUAAAAGUGGAGAAAUUGAAAAAAUUGGUGAUUUUAUCAUGACAUUCAAUGAGUCUGUAAAUAUGAGUGAAGUAAACCUAAAUGCACCUCCACCUCAACCACCUCCUGGAGCCAAUGGAAAUACAAUAAGUAAUGCAAGACGGACUGGUGUAGGAAAACAAAAUAUGAAACCAAAUACGUUCAAAGGUAACAAUGGAAAAAGUGGACCUAGAAAUCAAAUGAGGCCAGAAAGAAAAUAAUUUAAUAACUGAUUAAACUAGUUAUACAAUUGUAUUUUGAGUUGGUUAAAAAAUUCUGUGAUAUUAACUCAUUUUUGAUCGUAUUAUAAUAUUCAAGUUUUAUAUUAAUCUGUAAUUAACUAUGUACAUCCUUAUUUAAAAAAAAAUUCUAAGUAAUAUAUAUUUA